UUUUUUGAGGAACUUUUAUUUACUGGUGUGCACUAGUGCAAUAAGUUAAACAUACUGUCUGUCAUUUGGCUCCUGACAAUGCGCGUAUGUGUUAUUUUGCUAUAAAUGCAGAAGGACACGUGGGUCCUUUCCGGAAGAGAAACGUAGAGAGCGUAGUUCAAUGUUGUCGGGAGUGGUCAGGAGCUAUCUAAAGCGUGGUCAGUGGCGAGAGCACGUAAUCGCAAAGGAAAGGUGGCAAGCAAUAUUUCUAAUAGGAAUUAAGAGAUAUUCACAUCUAAAUAAUACAGCACAAGAUACAUUUGUGCAUUCUAAAGAUUGUUCCAGUACAACUUGUAUUUCUUCGCAUUAGUAUUCCAACGGCUAGAAGAGACACAUUGAGGUACUAAGUGCUUCCAUGAUGUCAAAUGAAACUGCACUCGAAGAUGUUCGCAAGGUCAUCCUUUCAUUAUUGGUAGCUCGACCAGAUUUUACGCCGAUCUCUGUUCUCGACAAUGACUACUGUGAGGUAGAAGGCCGGCAUAUACCAUGGCAUAAAUUUGACUUUGGCAGUACAGCUGAUUUCCUACGAAGUAUGCCACAAUACUUUGAAGUUAAACAGAUUGGUGGUGCAACUUAUGUUCGUGGUAUCGCUUCAGACAAGAGCAAGCACGUAAGCUCAUUGGUUUCGCGUCAGAAGAGAAGCUUUCCAAGAUGUACUCCUCGUUUGCGAUCUACUCAUAAUUCGCGCGUACUACGCCAGAGACCAAAGAUCCCUGCUGAGCAGUUGAAUAUUCUGGUACAAUAUGUGCAAAACUUUCCGAAAGGUGUUAACAUAAAUUCUGCCCUACUGAUGAUACAAAAACAACUGCCAUAUGUUAAUUUCGUCCCGCAGGAUAUAAAAGACCAAUUGCGGGAAUUAAGACAUAAAUUAUACAUAGAUGGUGAUAUAAUUCGUCCAGUAGAGACAAAUGGUUCAGCUUCCAAAACUAAUAUUUCAAGCAGUGACCAAUCUUCGUUACCGACAUCAGAGUUGAUGUACAACGCGCCUACAUCAUCGAGUUCGAAUGUUGUAUUCACUGUUCCUGAAGAAUAUCACGACGAUCUAAACAUAGACGACGAUGAUUUCGUGCGUUCUAACAGCGUGCAACAUCAUUUAAGGCGACAGAAAACAGAUGAACGACUUGCGUCAAGUCUAAAAGAAUUCUCUGAUUAUGAACAGAUGUUAAAUUAUUACGAUACCUACAAGGACAGAGAGAAAUACAAUAACAAUACUGAAUACUUCAAGAACUCAGAAAUAACUGAAACGAAUAACUUAUCGAACCUGAUAAACGACAGGAUACGGUCGCGGCUAGUGCAACUAAUGCAGAAGUAUCCAGACGGUAUUCAGUGCUCGGAACUGCCAGAAUUGUAUAUGAAAGAGUAUAAGACGCCGCUGAAUUACGCGGAACUGGGCUUUAACAGUAUUUCCACCUACGUUUCUUACUUACCAGAAAUUUUCUAUAUGACGCGAGAAAACGUGAACGGCGAUUUUAUAUUAUAUAGCGUGGAUAUCAAGCUGAAACAUCAGAGUGUUGUCGAAAACAGCAACCAAGGAAAAAGUUACUCUCAAGAGACAAUAUCCAAAACGAAGCCGAUUACCAUAUCAAAAUCACAAUCUGAGCUAUGUGAAACGGACGACGAUGAUGCGCCGUUCCCGUCGAAUCUUUCUCCCGGCAUAUUAGAUAAAUUUGCGCCUAAAGAUGUGACGACUUAUAAAGACGUGUGUCAUAUAUUGGUAACUGAUUUGCAAAAAAGCAAAAAACAAUAUCUGGAAGUUUAUGUUGUCGAGGUGUUCACACCGUCAUUCUUUUGGAUACAGCUGCGCAAAAACAAACGGCAAUUCGAGAAGUUUAUGGAAAAUUUACACACUUAUUACCAGCAGCAUUGUGAAUCAUAUAGAAUCCCGAAACUCGCAUUGCAUCGAGGCCUAAACUGUGCGUGCAUCUACGCUGGAAUGUGGCAUAGAGGAGUCAUCAAAACUGUAAAACCAGACUACAGAGUCACUAUAAUGUUUUACGAUUAUGGAACUCAGAAAACAUACGCACCCGAAAAUGUGUAUUAUUUAAAAGAAAAUUUCUCCAAACUAGAGGCACAAGCCAUACCUUGCGGUUUGUAUAACGUCAAACCAUAUGUAGGAGAUCGUUGGAAAAAAAGUAUAACUGAUCGUUUCACCGAAAGGAUCUCUGAAAGUCUUUUAGCUGCCAGCAUAGUCUCUGUUGACCCCUCGAAUAAUUCCAUGUUAGUCGUCCUGACCGAUACGAGCGAAGAGGAGGACGUGCAUAUAAACGAUUGGUUAGUGCGAGAGAAUCUAGCGCGAUGUGGGAAAAUGGGUGAUUCUGUCGAUAUGGCGAGCUUAAUGGAGUACGUAGUACAGUACAAUUCUAAUCACCUGCCGUCUUAUUGCUACGCGGAGGAGACUUUGAUGGCCGAUAACCGUAACAUAUCCACGACUGCGGAGGAACUUAAUGAGCCACCUUUAGUCUCACCUAGACCGAGCUUUGCGCAUCACGAGAAUAAUCAGCAGCCACGGUCAAAGUUGUCAGGUUUUGUGUCUCCCAACGAAUACAUUGAUCGGUUUAACACACCGACGAGUUAUCAUCAGUCCAACGUAUACUCCAAUCUUGAGAGCGUCUCGCCGCCAGUAUUCGGCGAUUUGAUGGAGGACAUAACAAGCAAUCCGUUUCUAAAUGGGAAUCUGAAGCUAUCCGAGGGAAGUGCAACAUCGGACGACCAUUACAACGUCCAGAGACAAAUGUUCAUACAAUUCAUGCAGGAGAGCGCGAUGCUGCAGUUACGUAUAACCAGAAUGUUCCGUGAAGUAAUGAAUUCUCCGCCGAUAACCGACAACUUAUUCACAAAUUACAUCACGCUGCUAUACCAAUUUAAUAAUGUCCUCAAGAUGCUCUUAAAGGAAAUGGAGAGUCGAUUAGCAAACGCUAAUCCAACGUCCAACUCAUCGCGAAAUCGCGCAAAUGACACUGGCCCGUCACCGAAGGCUCAUACUUACUUCAAUCCUAACUGCGAGAGCUUCGUAAAGCAGGACAACAUGAAUUUAUCGAGACCAAUAUCGUCGCCGAGCUCCUCUUCGACGGCAAAUCUGUUCGAUCAUCACACGAAAUACCACUGUGCUGAGUUGCCCACUGCUGAUGUCACGAACUUGUACGCAGCUUAUGCUCGCAGCUUUAAGCAGGCUGCGAAUCACGGUGUCAGUUCGCAUCAAGCCGACACAAACAAUCCGCAUAUUCAACAGCCUCCUAUAAGCUCUUGCGCUCCUCCGGAACCUCCGAUAUACAAUAGUUAUGAAAACAUCGCCGAAGGUGUUAAUUCGCACAUCGACCAGCUAAAUAAAAAUAUGCCUUCGAUGAUGAACAACGCAGCUUCAUAUGCGAAUAUUUCUGGCGUCAAUCCGCCUAACUACCAGUAUAGCGCGAACAAGUUCGCAAGUAACGCAUACUUGCAACAUGGGAACACUUGGGAAAACAAAGAUUCGACGAAGUCGAAGGAAACGAAUCCGUUCAGACUUCAUCAGGAGAUUGGAACGCAGGUACCGGCGACACAGAGCAAGAACAAUUACGACAUGACGAAUCUUAUAUCAUUUCUGCCCGAUAUAAAUCUGCAGAGCCACACUCAGACGGUGAAUGAAAACACAAACACUCCCGUGAAAGAUAAUUUCUACGGGGCUUAUAACAAUACUGCGAGCAAUCCGAAGGUCGUCUCUGCACCUCCGGGGUUCAAAUUCAAUGUAAACAGCAAUGGUGAUUACGCGCCAAGAAUCGUCUAUGAAGGAAGUCCGGUAAUGUACAAUGUACAGAAGAAAUCAGAAGAGCAACAGUUGCCUUCGCACUCGGCCACGCAAUUACAAAGCAACAACGUUGCCAUGAUCGAUGUCGAUGUCGAUCAUGCCGCAUCUUUGUCCAGUGCAGUCGAUGUGUCUGUCGUGAACGACGAGACUUACGUUACACCAACAACCUACGCGCAAAACUCACUACCGACGACAAGCAAGAGGAACUAUUAUCAACCGGAUAUCAGCUCGAAUGUAUCAUCACAGCACGUUUCGCUGGAAGGUUGGAACGGUGCAAUGUUCCAAAACAGUGAUCCAGAACAAGAUCAUAACAAGACAUUCAUUUCGCCCACGAUGAACCAACCGAUCGAUUCGUUGUCGCAGAAAAAAUGGCAUUGCGAAAUUAACAAAGAAUUCAUGAUUGGAGACCCGUGCGCAACGACUAAAUCGAAUUUUACCCUCCCUGUAUUUGAUAACAGUGAGGGAUCGGCGAUGACUACUGCGUGUGCGAACUUGCAGAAUUCGUCUCACGAAAAGGAUCAAGACAAAACGACGACACCUUACGACUACAGCGCGUCAUUGACAAAUUUUUUAUUUCAGCGGAUUCAUACUGUUAAAGGAGUAACAAUUUUAUUUCAUAUGGAUGAUAUUGGUUGGAUGUUGAUGCAUGAAUUUGUAGAAACUUUCACCAAAUUCAGCAGCUGUUCUCAUGUAAUAGCGUUAUUAGAAGCAGCGAAUAUAUUGAUUUCGUUUAAAGAAGUCCACAGAUAUGAUUACCCGGUGCAGUUUUCACAACUUGACAGUUAUCCCUUAAAUGUUGCAAGAGAUUCUGAGAAUCAUAUUAUUUCUAUUAAUUUGAUUUCUUUGCAAGCUGCGUUAGCAUUGCUUUGCAAGUUGAAAAUAAUCUCACGUAAAGAGAUAGAGAAUAUUUUCAAGAGGACCAAAAUGUUCACUAACAAUCCAGUUAUGAUCAAUAUGUGGACAUUAAUAUUUACAUAUAAGAACUUAAGAGAGCAUAUUAAGUAAUGUUACGUGGAAUAUGGAAUAUAAAAUUUUAAAACAUGUGUUACCUCCAAGCACAAAUAGAUUUUGUUAACAUUAGAACAUGAAAACAACUUGCAAUUCAUCUAAUUUCAUUGAAUAAUUGAUUUUAUAUCGGUGAAUUCUGCAGGAUAAUAUGGAUCUUUUUGUUUUUUUUUUUUUUUUUUAUUUCAGACUUAACAGUAGUAAUAUAUAGUAUAAUGACAAGUAAUAAUUAUUUUAAACAUAAUCUAUUUGUGAAAUUCUCGAUUUAUAUGCGUUAUAUAUCUACGUGUAUAUUAAAUUCGUAUUACUGCAUUGUAUAUGAUUAUACAUGACUACGAUAGUCAUAGUAAGUCUUCUAGUAAGCGAUAUUUAAUUUCCAUUAUCAUUUCACCUCUCAUUCCACCAUUAAAGCCCUUAUUGUGUAUCUCUAAUUAAUAGUUAAAUGUUUAACUAUUAAUUUUAAUUUGAUAGCAUCAAGUAUAGCUGAUAAUUUUUCUACGUGAUUAGGAAUGAUAAAAUAUACAGGAGGAUAAAAUUAUAUUAUCAGUGACACAGUAAUUAUUCGUAUAUAUGUUUUUUUGUUUUUUCGUAUAUAUGAUUAAAAGUGACAAAAUAUACAUAAGAUGCAUUUAAUUUUCAUUAUUGUUUAUUCACUUCUCAUUUUAU